GGAGCCUCCCCCCUCACGGCCGCGGCACUCGCGCCGCCCGCACGUGCGCUCCUCGCGCUGCGCAUGAGCGCGCGGCUCCCCCGGCCCCGCCCACCGCGCUCCCCGGAGCCCGCCAAAGCAGCGCGCUCCCAUUGGCCGCCCUUUUCCCGCCCGCCCCGCGUGACGGGCGUCGCCAUGGCAACCGGCCAAUGGGGGCAGCGCGCGAGUGACGAGCGGGGUGGGCGGGGCCUCGGCGGCGGCGGCGGCGGCGCGCGCGCUUUUUCGGCCGCUGGCGGGCGCCGGAGCCGCCGCCAUGAGCGGGGCCGGGGCCGGGACAGAACGACCGUCCCCGGCCAAGCUCCGCCGUCUGGAUGAGCCCACCGGGACGGACCCAGCCGCCGCCGCCGUUAACCGCGGGGAGGAGACGGAGCGUUCCCCCACCCCCGCCGGAGGUCGUGGUGAGGGCCACAGCGCGCGCGCGCGGGGAGACGGGUCCGGGCAUGCGCGGGGAGGAGGCGGCGGGGACGAGCGAGCGCCCCCUGGCGGCUGCCCGGAGAUGGCGGCUUUGACCGGGGAGGGGCUGGAGACCCCCGGGAAAGUCAGCGGAGAGGUCACGGCCAGCUCGGAGACCACCGAGGAGGCCAAGGGGGAGCUGGAGACCAUCAACGGAUGCAAAGGGAGCCUGGAGAACACAAGGAAUGACUGCUCAGAGGAGGAAAAAGGGGAUUUGGAGACCACCAGGGAGGUCAAAGGGAGGAUGGAGACCACCAGGGAGGUCAAAGAGGGGAUGGAGACCACCAGGGAGGUCAAAGAGGGUUUGGAGACCACCAGAGAAGCUGUGGGAGACCUGGAAAUUGCUGUCACACACUCCUUGGAGAAGAACGAGGGUGUCCUGGAGAUUCCCACGGAAUCCGAGGGAAAGCCGGAGACGCCCAGCGAGGCCCAGGGUGGUCUGGAGAGCAGCAGGGAGCUCACCGGGAGCCUUGGCAGCACCAACGGGCGCCGAGGGAGCCUGGAGACGGCCGUCACUCGCUGCUUGGAGCAGGGCAGAAGGAGCAAGGGGCGUUUGGAGAGCACCCCCAGGGGCCUGGGCGGCGUGGAGAGCGAUGCUUCUCCUGGUGGCGAGCAGAAAAGCACCAACAGGCGCAAGGCAAAAACCCCUGCGAGGCCCAGGGUGAGCGUACAGAGAAACCCGGACACCAGCAAGGAGGGCUUGGAAGCCACCAGAGAAGACCCAGAAAGCGUGGAAACCACCGUCAGCGGCCACGUGAGGUGGGACGGAGAGCAGAAAGGAGGCGUGGAGCUCCCCACGGAGCCCGAGGAGGGGCUGGGACCCACGGCCGGCGUGGGGCAGAGCCGAGGCGACGCCGGGGCGCCGGUGGCCGAGGAGAGCGCGGUGAUCUCGCUGGAUGAGGACGAGGAGGAGGAGGAGGAGGAGCGGGAUGAAGGCCCGGCGAGGUACCUGGCGGCUCUGGAGGCCGUUCAGCUGGAGCUGGAGGCCGUGGAGGAGGAGGCGGCUCGAGCUUUCCGCCGCCUCCGCGCCCGCUUCUGCCUCCGCCGCCGGCCGCACCUGCAGCGCCGCAACCGCCUCAUCCAGCACAUCCCCGGCUUCUGGGUCACUGCUUUCCUGAACCACCCGCAGCUCUCGGCCAUGAUCAGCGACCGCGACGAGGACGCGCUGAGCUACAUGACGAGCCUGCAGGUGGAGGAGUUCGGGCAGAGCCCCGGGUGUCGGAUCCGGUUUUUCUUCAACGUCAAUCCCUAUUUCCAGAACGACGUGUUUGGGGGGGGUUUGUCUGUUGUCCUCCUCUCAGGGCACCUGAUCAUCAAGGAGGAGCUUUGGCCCAACCCGCUCCAGUUCUACCUGCUGGGGGAGGGCGCUGAGGGACCCCCGGACAGUGAGAGCGGCGAGGACUGCGUGGUGAUCCUGGACGACGAUGAGGAUGUGCAGGAGAUCCCAGAUGAUGGGGAUGGCAGUGGUGUUGAAGAGAUCCCAACAGAGGAGCCCCCAACCCCCCCCGUGGGACACAAAGACCCCAACAGGGGCAGAAUUUAAUUUUGGGGGGGGGGAUUUGGGGGUGCUGCACAUCUCCACCCCCCCUGGAAUUGCGGGUAAUGAGGGGCUGGGGGCCCCCAACACAGCUCAGGGUGUUCGAAGGCCUUUCACCCCCCUGCCCCCCUUUUUUGGGGACCCCAAAUCUCCCCCACCCCUAAAUCCCUCCCCCACAGCCACCCACCACACCCUAAGGGGACAAACACAACCAUUU